AUGCUGCGGUUCCUGGAGGAAAAGAUCGAGCUGGCCCACUUUUACGGGGAUGCGAAGUGGACGGCCUUGUUAGGGUCCUGGCUGGUAGCGGCGGGCUGCCUUAGGUAUCGCCACCUUCAGGUUUCCGAGCCGCGCCGUUUUUCCUCGACAGCUUUUUAUGGUCAUUGCCGUCGGGGGAAGCAGGCGCACCUGAGGAUCUCUGGGUUCGACUUCGCGAUCUGCUCCCGCUUCUCCUCCGGAUGGUCUUGGGCCGAGGCAUGGCUCCGCGAGUGGGAGGCACUCACUCCUCUGGCCAAGAAGAGAGCGGGCAUGUGCUUCAAUCGGGACGGCAAGCCCUGGGCCAUUUCUGAAAUUAACCUCGGUGUCCAGGAAAUCUUCAGCGACAUGCUUCAGGAGCCUGCGGACAUGACCACCUACAGUUGGAGGCGGCUUUUGCCGACGGUGGGCCAGCUCCUCCGAUUAUCUCCUCAGGAGCAGCUGGCACUAGGAGAUUGGGCCAGCAACAACCCGGACGGUAACCAGAUGCCCCUCCACUACAGCAGCGCUCGCUAUACGACUUCGCUUCGGUUCAAGGCACUCUCACUGGCAGCAGCAUGGGAGGUUCGUGGCUUCGAGGACUGGAGCGCUGUCACGGACACGGAGCUGGAGCGCAUUAAAGGAGCGGUCAGGAGCCAGGUCGACGAUGUGAUCGUGGGGGGCCGGACCACGAUCUACCAGGCUCCUGUGACCACCGAGGCCUUGCACCGUUCGUUGGCCUUGACCAGGACCUGGAGGCUCCGCGCUGCCAAGACAAGGGCCACAUCGGCCAAGGAGCAAGUGGCACAAAUGCCAGCCACCCUGAAUGGGAAGGUCCUGACUGCGUUCUUAAAAAACGGCCAGUCGCUUUGCGCUCGCUUUCAGCUUGGACGCUGCAACCUGGCGGAGCAUGAUUGCUCGGGAUCCCACCACCGAGCGGACGAGCCUGUGAACCACGCGGCGGAAGUCUGCUACGAUAAGAUCCGGCCAGGGUCCCUGAGCGCUGCGCAGCUCCCCGGCUUUGCCAAUCGCCGACGAGCCCGCUUCAGCAAGCUCAGCGCCGCCCUCUUCGCCGUCGACACGAUCGCCUCAGUCUUCUCCGGGGUCCUCCUCAAAGGCAGCGCCCAAUUUGAAGCCGAAAGUGAAGGCGAGGCCGAAGUCGGCUGCAAGGCCCCACCCGGAGGGGGCCACAGGGAGUGCAGAGCGCGGCCGACCUGCGUUUUUGCCGGUGCCAGGUGCAAGUCUCAGACCAUACGGCAUAACAUCGACGAGCUCGCGCAAGGCCCCCCCCUGGCAUGCCAGCAUGUGCAUGAUGCUUCGGAAUGGGAGCCUUACGCGCUUGGCGACUCCAUUGUCUACCCCAGUCACGAGGAGUCCGAGUGCACUGCCCCAGUGGCGUUCUUCCUGGCGGUCUCGGUCUCUUGGUGGGCUGCGCGGCAAGGUCUUGCCAUUGCCAAGAUCCAUCGUCUCCCCCCAUUCGAGGCGACCGGAAGAAAAGAGCAUUGGCUGCAAAUCGACCGCGAUGCGAGCUAUGCACCCCUCGCAAUAUCGCUGGGACUCCGGCCUGCUCAAAUCCCGGGCGCAGCCGAGCUCCCGGUUCGAGCCUUGGCCGAGGACACAGUGGUGGGCAAAGGUGUUUUGCCCAGCGGCUGCAUCUACGUCGGACAAGGCAACUACCAGCACAGGCUCCCCACUUCGCAGUGGCGCAGCCCUUGGGUGGCGGGCCUGAAUUGCGAUCCAGCCGAGAGGUUGACCCCAUAUGCGGAGUUCAUCCUGACCGAGCUAUGGAACGAGCUGGACCGGCUUUGCGGCAUGACACUUCUAUGCGAUUGUCCUCUCGACGUGCCAUGCGAAGCUGAUGUGUUGGCAGGCCUCCUCUUUGAUUGCCGUCGCGGGGCGGUGCCUGUCUUGUUCAGGCAGGAGGCGAUUAUCCUCCGCUUUCGCAAGCUGUUUCCAGCCGAAUGGUUUCGAGGAUUCCGCUUUCCUAUGAUCGAGGACAUCAUUAACCAGGCCCCGUUCGACUCUUUUGGCCGCUGGCUAGUCGCGCGGGGGGACGAGUGGGAGGGACCCCUCGUUCCCAUCGCGACCGAGAAGCAGCAGCGCUUUCGGCAGCGCAGGGCCGAUGGACAACAGAUUGGUGCCUCCAGCCAUCGGGCGGCAAUUCCUCCGUUGCUCCCCUUUGGCCUCACAGCGGAUGAGCAUUUCGAGCAGUCCUUGGAAUUGGGCACGCGGCCAAACCUCAUCUUUGCGGCGGAUAUGCAUGCAAAGCACAGGGGGUCCCUGCGUGCCAUUCGCCAGCAAGCCGUCGGUGCACUCAAAGAGCUCAAACGGCGAUGGGAGUCGGUCGGGGCACGGCUGCGAACACUGCAACCGAAGGCGUUGCGCGAGGCCACGCGUUAUCGAGACCUCGGCCUGACCGCCUUGCUCAUCAUCUUGACCAGCUGGGGUGAUGUUACCUACCCGUUCGGGCUUAUCCAAGGACUUCCAGCAGUCGGCUUUGCCCCGUCAUACGGUGUCUUCCCCACCCAGCAGGCUCACGUCAUCUCCUUUGAGGACGUGCUCGGUGACUGGCAGGCGCACAAUGCAGUCACCAUCCGGUCUGCAGCGGGAGCUCCGAGGGAGCUUGUUCCGGGUGAUCCCACGGUGCGUGAUCACGCAGGGCUCAGGAAGCACCGCAUCAUCGACAAUGCGGCCGAGGGAGGUCAGUCGGCCGCUUCGUCCGAUGCCAACAAGCUGGUGCUCUGUUCCCCCAUGCGUCCCGCCCAGCACCUCAGAGCAACUGUGUGCCUCAUGUCCGAGGAGGAACUUGGGCGCGCCAGGGACGAGGACGCCUGGGAGACGGGCGGCGAGGAUUGGCCGAAUGCCUAUCGUCACUCGCCAAUGUCUUCGGCGGAGGCUCGUGCCUGCGUGGUGUGUUUCUGGCAUCACGAGUGGCAACAACCGGCCUUCCAGCUGUACGCGGGAUUGUUGUUCGGUCUUCCGUUGGCCGUAACAUCUUUCAAUCGCUACUCGAGACUCGUGGAAGUUCUCGGCAGACGGCUCGUAUCGGUUCUGGUUUCCCUUUAUUUUGACGAUGCGAAUUUGGGAGACUGGGCUUCUUCUCGUGGUUCAGGCCAGUGGGCCUUCGAGCAGCUGAACGGUAUGCUGGGCACACCGUUUGCCGAGUCGAAAU